CCCCCCCCCCGGCGGCGGCGCGCACUCGGCGGCGCGGCUGGGCGCGGAGCGGCGCGCAGCGAGCGGAGCCCGCGGCCCGGGCCCGUCCCCGUGGCGUCGCGGCCGGGCCAUGGUGUAGCGGCGGCGGCGGCGGGGCAGCGCGGCGGGGGCGAGCAGGGCGGCGGCGCGGGGCGGCGGCCCCCCCGGCGCCCCGUGCCCGCAGCCCGGCCGCGGCGGGAGCAUGCGGAUCCUCCUCCUCUGCCUGCUGAGUCUCGCCGGCGCCCGCGGCCAAGCGGCGCAGACCCGCUUCGUGGAGGAGCCGGAGGACCAGACCGUGGUGGCCGGCCAGCGGAUCGUGCUCUCCUGCGUGGUGCUGAACUACUCGGGCAUCGUGCAAUGGACCAAAGACGGGCUCGCCCUGGGCAUGGGGCAGGGCCUCAAAGCCUGGCCGCGCUACCGCAUCGUGGGCACGGCCGACUCGGGCCAGUACAACCUGGAGAUCAGCGACGCCGAGCUCUCCGAUGACGCCGUCUACGAGUGCCAGGCCACGGAGGCGGCCCUGCGCUCCCGCCGCGCCAAGCUCACCGUGCUCAUCCCCCCCGAGGACCCCACCAUCGACGGCGCCCCCGAGAUCCUGCUGCGCGCGGGGACCCCCUACAACCUGACGUGCCGGGCGCGCAGCGCCAAGCCCGCCGCCACCAUCGUCUGGUACCGCGAUGGGCUGCAGCAGGAGGGAGCCGUCACCAGCACGGAGCUGCUGGCCGACGGCAAGCGGGAGACGACCACCAGCCUGCUGGGCAUCAACCCCACCGACCUCGACAUCGGGCGCGUCUUCUCCUGCCGCAGCAUGAACGACGCCGUCCCCGCCGGCAAGGAGACCUUCGUCAAGCUCAACGUGCACCAUCCCCCCACGGUCACGCUGUCCAUCCAGCCGCAGACGGUGCAGGAGGGCGAGCGGGUGGUGUUCACCUGCAUGGCCACCGCCAACCCCGAGAUCAGAGGCUACAGGUGGGCCAAGGGCGGCAUCGUCAUCGAGGACGCCAGGGAGAACAAGUACGAGACGCAGGUGGACUACUCCUUCUUCACGGAGCCCGUCUCCUGCGAGGUGCACAACGACGUCGGCAGCACCAACGUCAGCACGCUGGUGGACGUGCACUUCGCCCCGCGCAUCGUGGUGGACCCCAAGCCCACCACCACGGACAUCGGCUCCGACGUGACGCUGACGUGCGUGUGGUCCGGCAACCCUCCGCUCACCCUCACCUGGACCAAAAAGGAGUCCAACAUGGUCCUCAGCAACAGCAACCAGCUCUACCUGAAGUCGGUCACGCAGGCGGACGCGGGGCAGUACGUCUGCAAGGCCAUCGUGCCGCGCAUCGGCGUGGGCGAGCGCGAGGUCACCCUCUUCGUGAACGGACCCCCCAUCAUCUCCAGCGAGGCCGUGCAGUACGCGGUGCGCGGCGACCGCGGCAAGGUGGAGUGCUUCAUCGGCAGCACGCCGCCGCCGGACCGCAUCGCCUGGGCCUGGAAGGAGAACAUCCUGGAGGCCGGCACGCUGGAGCGCUACACCGUGGAGCGCACGAACACGGGCAGCGGCGUCCUCUCCACCCUCACCAUCAACAACGUCAUGGACGCCGAUUUCCAGACCCGCUACAACUGCACGGCCUGGAACAGCUUCGGGCCCGGCACCGCCAUCAUCCAGCUGGACGAGAAAGCUAACGUGCCCGUCCCGCCGUCCCCCGUAGAGGUGCUGCCCGUGGGCAUCAUCGCCGGCGGCACCAUCGGGGCCAGCAUCCUCGUCAUCGCCUUCCUCGUGGCCCUCGCCUGCUUCCUCUACCGGCGCCGCAAAGGCAGCCGCAAGGACGUCACCCUGCGCAAGCUGGACAUCAAGGUGGAGACGGUGAACAGGGAGCCGCUGACGCUGCACGCGGACCGCGAGGAGGACACGGCCAGCGUCUCCACGGCCACCCGCGUCAUGAAGGCCAUCUACUCGUCCUUCAAGGAUGACGUGGACCUGAAGCAGGACCUGCGCUGCGACACCAUCGACACCCGCGAGGAGUACGAGCUCAAGGACCCCACCAACGGCUACUACAACGUCCGCGCGCACGAGGACCGCCCGGCCUCCCGCACCGUGCUCUACGCCGACUACCGCAGCCCCGGCGCCGCCCGCUACGACGCCCGGCCGCCCUCCCGCCUCUCCCACUCCAGCGGCUACGCCCAGCUCAGCACCUACGGCCGCGGCCCCGCCGCCGACUACGGCGCCGAGCCGCCGCCGGGCCCCGGGCCGCCCGGCACGGCGGCCGCCGAGACGGCCAGCCAGCUCUCCUACGAGAACUACGGGGGCCACGGCGCCUUCCCGGCCGGCUACAGCGCCUACCGCCUGGGCUACGGGCAGCCGCCGCCGCCGGGCCUGGAGCGGGCGCCCUACGAGGCCUACGACGCCAUGGGCAAGUACGGCAGCGCCGCGCGCUUCUCCUACACCUCGCAGCACUCGGACUACGGGCAGCGCUUCCAGCAGCGCAUGCAGACGCACGUCUGAGGGCCCGGGGCGUCGCCGGUACCUCGCCGCGGGCCCCUGAUAUUCAGGGGCGCAUCCCGGCCCUCCCGCCCCGCCGCUCCCCCCGGGCCGGACUCUCGGAGCCUGCCCGCAGCCAUACCCCCCCCCCCCCGCCCGGCCUCGCUGCCCGGGGGCCCCGGCGUCCGGGGCUUCGCCGGCCGCGGGGCUCCCUUCUCUCUGCGCUUCCACUCCUCCGCCCGCUGGGCUUUCCGUUCUUGAUUUCGGUACCGUCGCGGAUAGGGGGACGGCGGGGUCUCCUGCCCCCCCUCCCCACCCCGGUCCAGCCAGGGGGACGCGGGUGCUGCCGGGACGCGGGGGCUCCCCGGGGCCGGGUCCUUGCCGGAAAGGGGGUCCGGAGCCGCCCGCCGCCGAGCCAGCACCCGCCUCUCCCUCCCCCCCCCCCAAAAAAGCGGGGCAGCCCUCGAGCCAUGCUGCGCCCAGAAACCCGCUCCGUCCAGCGCCCGGCCCCGGCCCCCCCCCCGUGCACGGGGGCCGCCGGAGGCGAUACGUCUGUCCAUAUAUAUGUGUGUGUAUACAUGCAUAUAUAUAUAAGGUCCAGUUUCUGUUUUCUCCCCCUCCCAGCCUGCUCCCAUUCCCUGUGCCUUGACUUUGGCGGGAUGCGCGGAGCACCCGGGUCCCGCUCCGGCCUUUCCCGGGGCAGCACCAGCGGCAGGGGGAAACCCAAAAUCAUGUAGAACGGCUAAAGGGGCCGAAAGCAGAGGGCACGGGCUGCCACUGGGGACGGGGGGGGUCCUUUUAUGAAUGUAUAUAAAGCUGUAUUGUAUAGGGGCGGCUCCCCGCGGGGACCGUGUGCGCGGCGCGGGCUCUGCCGAUGCUGGCUGCCAUCCCGCCGGCACGCAUCGGCGCGCGCCGGGAAGCGGUACGUGGCCACCCGGCCGCCCCGGGGAAGCCAGGAGCAGCCGCAGCCCGAAACCCAGCCGGACCCAGGCGUCCCGCUGGGGCGAGGUACGAAGCAGCUGCCGGCGGCCGCGUGCGCACGCACAGCUCUCCGUGCGCGCGGCAGCUCCGAGCCCCCGCGCGUGCCGGAACGCCCCCCGCUCCAGCGCUUCGCCCCCGCUGCCCGGGGUGGGGGGGGACGAGCAUCCCGGUCCCAUGUGCAGCCCGCGCCGUGGGUCCUGCUCCUCCGCGCUGCAGAGCCGGCGGGUCGCUGCCGGUCCGUAGCGAGCAGGUACGAUUUUGGGCUGUGUCCGGCCGGCUGCAGGGCGCUUGUUUGGGAAAGGGGCUGGCAAAGCCGUGCUGCGGAUGCAGCCCCCCCUCCUCUGGUCCAGCCCCUCUCCUUCCCCCCCCCCCACCAUCAAAGUUAUCCCGACCCCAAAGGUACUGUCCGAACGGGCCGAACCCCCCAGGUGCUGGGCCCGGCGCCAGACCGAGCCCCGGACUGCAGCCCCGGGCUGGAUGCGUGCCAUUUCUUGCAGUGGUGCCUGAUUUAACCCCCCCCCUCCUCCCCCCGCACCCACCUGGGACAACCGUGUCUCGGGAAGGGAGCCCGCGGCCGCCCCGCGCUGCGCCCCGCCGUCGAUAGCAAUAGCCACCACCGCGGCCGCGGGGCCGGCGGCCCGGCACGGCCCCCCCCCUCCCCGCCCCGGAGGUGCUGUGCAUCCAAGCCGAAGCUUUAAAUCACCCCCCCGGGGUCCGGACGGGCCCUCGAGGGCACGUCCUGCUCCCCGGCACCCCGGCAGCCUGGAAGGGAGCCCGGGGCGAGCGGCGCCGUCCCGGAGAGCCGGGCAGCGAGCGGGUCCCUUUUCUUAGCACAGGCUGUUUUAGACCCCUAGAGAGACGUAUCUGUGAUCCCCGCCCUCGCCCUGCCCCAAACCUUCCAUUUUUUAUUUUUCAUUUUCCUUUUUUUUAAAUAUUAUGUACUAUAUUUUUAGUCUUAAACACGAUAUAUUAUAUAUAUUUAAUUUUUUUAUAUAUAUAUAUAAAUAUAAAUGUUAAAAAAGGG